AAAAGGAUAUUGAAAAUGUCUGUGCUGCGCUUCCUGGUGACGCGGCAGGCCCUGGCCGCACUGUCCAGGCCGACGUCCAUCAAUCUGCUGCAGAAUCGGGCACAAGUCGCACUCGCCUCCACUCUGGCGAGCAGCAGCACCAACAGCUGUCUGAAGGCAGCCACCACAAUUUGCGAUGGGAAUCCCUGCGAAAUGCAGAUUAGAGGACACAAACGCUUCGGCCAUCAGCAGGAGAAGACCCCUCAAGUGACCAAAUACUUCCAUGGACUCAUCCUGAGUCUGUUCAUCAUAUCCGUGCUGGAUUGGGGAAAAGUGAAACGUUUGCUGAUGCCCAAAGUGGAUGCAGAUUCCGGCCAGCGUCCGUCUUCGGCAGCUGGCGUGAAUGGAGAGGACAGCUCGGAUGACUCCGAGAGCGACGAUAGCGAUGAGGAUGAAUCCAGCGGCGGCCUGCAUCUGCAUGAGGGCAAGAAAAUCAGGGAAAAAGUUGGUUUCCGCGAGCGCAAGAUUAUUGAGUAUGAGAAUCGCAUCCGCCAGUUCUCCACGCCCGAUAAGAUCUUUCGAUACUUUGCCACUGUGCGUCUGCAAGAUGCCACACAGACGAUUGUGUGCAUGACACCCGAGGACUUUCUGCGCUCCAUCUAUCCGGGCAUCAAGCAGCCAGAUGGUCUUGGUCUGGAUCAGUAUCGUCGCUAUGAUCCCAAGUCUGUUGGCGAACAACUGAACCUUCACUUGGAGAAGAACAGCAUCUUCUAUAAGCUGGGUUCCUAUGGUCUCAUCACCUUCUCCGACUACAUUUUCCUGCUGACAGUGCUCUCAAUUUCCCGACGCCACUUUGAGAUUGCCUUCCGCAUGUUUGACCUGAAUGGCGACGGUGAUGUAGACUGUGAGGAAUUCGAGAUGGUGGCCACUCUGGUGAGAUCGCAGACGAGCAUGGGUACCCGACAUCGUGAUCAUGCCAAUACGGGCAAUACCUUUAAGGGCGUGAAUUCCGCUUUGAUCACGUACUUCUUUGGCCCUAAUAUGGAUGAGAAGUUGACGAUUGAAAAGUUCUUGGACUUCCAAGAGCAGCUACAGCGUGAGAUCCUCUCUCUGGAGUUCGAGAGAAAAGAACCCAAUGAUGAUGGCAACAUCACGGAAGCUGAUUUCGCUGAGCUCCUUUUGGCCUAUGCGGGUUAUCCCUUGAAGAAGAAACAAAAGAAAUUGAAGCGUGUGAAGCGUCGCUUCCGUGAUCAUGGCACGGGCAUAUCCAAGCAGGAUUAUCUGGACUUCUUCCACUUUUUGAACAACAUCAAUGACGUGGACACUGCCCUGACCUUCUACCACAUUGCGGGCGCCUCCAUUGAUCAGCAAACGCUGCAGCAUGUAGCCAAGACAGUGGCUUUGGUCAAUCUAUCGGAUCACGUGGUGGAUGUUGUCUUCACCAUCUUCGAUGAGAACAACGACAACCAGCUGAGCAACAAGGAAUUCAUUUCGGUGAUGAAGAAUCGCGUUCAACGCGGCCUGGAGAAGCCCAAGGAUACGGGUUUCCUCAAAAUGAUGCGUUCGGUGUUCAAGUGUGCCAAGGAGACCAAGCCCGUUCUCUUGGACAUAUAGUAAUGGGUUCGCGGGGGUCCUUUGUGGACUCUUCUUCUACUUGUGCCCCAAUCUUAGUCAUUUCUCCUACGCUUAUGGGUCUCGCCUUAUUUAUGUUUUUUGUUUUUAAUUAUUCUCUACUGAAAUCGAUUUUAGCUUUAUCCCUAUCCUGGGGAGUUCUUUGACGAUGAUGAUUAUAUCUCUUGUACAGUUCACCAACUCUUGUGCGCUUAAUACGUUUACUUUUUAAUAUCAUAAUAAAUAUAAAUAAUUAAAUUAAAA